UUCAAUGCAGGGGUCUAGUGACGCCUCUCCCUCACUGGUUGCCGCUGUCUAUCAUCCCAGCAUCAGCACCUAGCCGAACUGAACAGCGACGGUCCUCGAGGAAAUUAUGCUCUACCAAGCGAGGGAGUUGGAGCAAUAAUGCUCAAUCGGUCGACGGAGGUAGAUAUGGAUGAUUCGUGUCACCAAAACAUUUUAGGGAUGUCUGGGCGGCUGGGUAUCACACCUAGUCCCGGGCACGUUUGUGAAUCUCUCGUUGCUUUGAAAUAGCGCUAAGGCGAUUUAUUGGCUCGACAGGGCACCAUAGCCUGCCAUGCGCUGUUUUGUUGAUUUAUAAAGCCUAUAGGCUAUAAUUACCCUACUAUCAUCGGUUUUAGGUAGGAUAUAAGCCAUUGUAUAACGUCUUCUUGUUGUGACGACCAAGACAAUCUCAUUUGAGGGCGCCGUACAAAUAACAGGGCUAUGCAAGCCAUUCAAACAAAGGCACCCGAACACCCCCAUUGACGCACCUGCUGCCCGGUCGCCACUGACAUGACAACGCUGAGCCGAAGGAGCAGGAUCAAAGGGCACCGACCUGCAGCCGGACGCGUGGACUCGAAAAGGAAGGGGGACGUCGGACACGCAGAGAGUAAGCAGCAUCCCGGGGGAGGCCCAAUUUCUGUUUCUGGGGACAAGCACCAAGGGCAGUGCGGCACUCAACAGUCACAUCGGGGAAGGCUGCGGGGAGCUGUUCAGUGUACCUUCCCCACACGCACUCUCCAUUCCGCUCCUACAUUAACGUUCCAUUUCCCCGGUGCGGAAAAAUGCUUGAAAACAACUGCUUGAUUUGAUAUGGAAUGUUGGCUCAAUGUCUGUAUUCAAAAUGAUGUCUCUAUUUCGUUUUCUUCUACCCAGUAAUUUGACCUCAUCAGUGAUGGGUAAAUGAAAAGAUUGAUAUUGAUUUACAAGCUGGAUGGAAUCCGAGAGGGACUGAUGUGCAUACUGGUCAGGUAUCAUCUUCUUCCUCCGUCUCUGGUUCUGCUUACUCUGCUACUUGCCAGCACAAUGGGCUGUAUCCAGAGCAUUGCCUGCAAGCCGCGCAUUAGAAGGGAGAACAUUGUAGUCUACGAGGUGUCGGCCUCCAUUGACCAGUGCCCAACAGUGAUAGAGGAGAACUCGCCCAUAGUGCUGCGGUAUAAGACACCUUACUUCAGGGCCUCUGCCGGGAUUGUGAUGCCUCCGGUGCCCCGCAAUGAGACCUGGGUGGUGGGUUGGAUCCAGGCUUGUACACAAAUGGAGUUCUACAAUAAUUAUGGGGACAUUGGCAUGUCCAGCUGGGAGUUACCAGAGCUCCGUGAGGGCCGGGUCAAGGCCAUCAGCGAUUCGGAUGGGGUCAGCUACCCCUGGUAUGGCAACACCACUGAGACGGUUACCCUUACGGGCCCCACGUCCAAACCGUUGCGCCUCACAGUCAGCAUGAAUGACAAUUUCUACCCCAGUGUGACCUGGGCCGUGCCCAUCAGCAACAGCAACACACCCAUGCUGUCACACAUCACCCGAGACCAGAGCUUCAUCACCUGGCUGGUUGCCAUCAACUCUGUCACCAAGGAGCGCAUCGUGCUGCAGACGGUGCGGUGGCGGAUGCGGGUGGACAUUGCCGUGGACCCUGACAUGCCCCUGGGCUCCCGGGCCUCCCUAGUAUGCCGUCCUCACCAGGAGCAGCCCCACAUUCUCAACUACCAGGAGCCAAUACCCCCCAACGCCCUAGGACAACCCAAUGCCAAUGACGCCCAAGUGCUGAUGUGGAGGCCCCGCAGAGGGGCGCCCCUAGUGGUGAUACCGCCCAAAUAAGGUUGUAAAGACUGAGAAAGAGCAAUGUGAUUAGUUCAUGGUAAUGAGGAAGUGUGGCCCAUCGCAGAGGAGGGAAAUUAUGAGUUCCCUUAUCAAAAAUGGACUGGACUGCAUUGGAAUUGACACAGCGGAAGUCUAGAGCUAGACUGGUUUCGGAGGCAGGCUCAGCACUGCAUCCGCGUUUGAUUGAGUCCGACUGUUUUUGGACGGCCACAGUGCUGUACUAGAGUUCUAUCUGCCUUUGGAAAGAAAGGGACAGAGCUAUCGGAGUUCCAUUGAGGUGGACUGAACACAGAACUGCAUCCUGUAUCCUACAGUAGACCUUAUUGCAUGAGAGAGAAAACGGGAUUUGACUGGAAUAAGAAUAGUAUUUUGUAUCAGCUGAUCACACUUGAAUGGAAUGGAACUUUUUACAUUGGCCAUGAUAUCCUGCAAGCUGGAAAACCUCCUCAGUGCCAAUUAUGGACAUAAUGGCCUUUAACAUACAACACUUUAAGAACACAUUGUUAAGAGAUUUAAUUAUAAGAGGCAAAUCAUAUUAUAUGAAUCUUCUGUUAGUUUAAGAUCAACUCACAUCAAUCAGAUUGUAUUAAGAGCACCUACUUGGCAUAAAGUUCUAAAAAGAAAUGGGCUGAUUGUAGUCUUAUUGAAAUACGCCAUUGUCUAUCCACUCACUUUGAAACAUAGAAAGGUUAAAGGUGUGGGUUUUCUGGUGUGAGUUGAGUAUCUACCUGCACACACAUGAAUGUCCAAUUCUAAAUCCAACCUGCUAGCCCCUACCCAUAUUGCUUAUCUAUACAAUCCUUUCAGAUCUACACAAAGUGCCUUCGGUUAGGGGCUAGGGGUUGAUUUGGGAUUGGGCCAUAGCACCACAGUACACUAUUAUGGCAAUAGUCUGGGCUAGCGGGUUCAUCCAGAGGAGCCCCUGCCAUAUGACACAAUGUCACAUGAUUCAUGCUCCAUCUGUGCUGCUCACCAGUUUCAGUCGUCACCUUCCCAUCUGUCUGUCCAUUUCUCUCCCUCUCAUCACUCCAUCAUUUUCUCUCUGCAUGCCUACAAUCCCUCAUCUCCACUUCAAGACUAUGCAAACACAGAGGGACUGUUGACCGAGAGAUAUAGAAGGAAACAUGAUCAGGAAAGACAGGUUAGAGGUAAUAUUCACAAUGAUGGCUUUUGUGUUCAUAUAUUAUAUGAACACAGUUUAUGAACUUUUGAAUUGGUACCAAACAUAUUCAGUGAUCUGUUGCUAUAGAGACUGGUUUGAUUUGUCUAAACUCGGCUCCAUAGGAACCAGGAUCGCCUUCAUUAGGGCACACCGCAGCAAAAUGUUUUUCCAACACAAAACGCAUUUCUUAUUGGACAAGUUCGGGUAGUCCGUCCCUGUUUCCGCCCAUUUUGUUCCGUUUGGUGCCUCAUGAAUAUGACCCAGUUGUUGAGAAACAUCAAAUAAUUUAUGAACUCUUGCUCAUCAAUCAGUCCUGCUUUGGGAUUUCAUACCUAGAUGAAAUGACAUACACAAUACUAGCUCUUUCAAUACAAAAUAUCUGUUUAGACCCUUAUUUCACAUUUGAUCACAUAAUUUAUUCAUUUUAUCUUGCAUGACAGGCCAGUUUUGCAUAAAAACAUCAGCAAUUGGAUGUGUAAUUCUUUGGAUCUGAAUGGCCGGACAAUGAGCGGCAAGUUCAAAGCAUUCCUUCCUUUAAUCUUUUUCCUCCCUGUCCCCAAUAAAAGGACAUCCUGCAUCUCUACAGUCAUUGGUCUCAACCACUCCCCUCUGCAGUAAAUGUGCUACAGCCCGACGCUCCCACUAGGUGGAGCUGUCACUCAAAAACAAAUGAGGGGCGGUAACCUGUGAGGCAUUCCAUUCAUUUAAAUAUAUUCAUACUACAAAUUCCUGUUCCCCUACUCCCCAAAUACAUGAUAAAAUAUACAAAAAUUGAAUAUUUAAAAAACAGUAACUUUGGCAGUGAAUUCUUGGAUUCAUCCAUGAAUUCUCGUUGUUCCCUGUAAAGUCAUUUUUCCGAUGAUUCCAUGCUUUGUUGAGUUUGGCUCUAUCAGCCCUGAGGUGAAAGGUGAGAGGUCACAUGUGAGCAGAACCCUUCAUAUGCCCUGCAUAGGCAUCAUAGUAGCUUCAGCUCCAUGACCGUGUGUGUGUGGGG